AUGUCAAAUACCAUGGUUACAGCUACAGAAUGGCUUAGUAGAAACCUUUCAUAUAAAACUGAUUUUUAUGCAACACUUAAAAAAUCUCAAAAAUCUCAUUCACAUCUUACAAUUACUUCUUUUAGCAAGUCUUAUAAUAAAAGAGAGCAAUUCGUUCUUGAGUUUGUUAAAAUAUUUGCUGGAGCUGACAUAUCUUUUGAGAAAAUUGAAUAUUUUCAACCUUUUACAAGAGCAUU